AUGGCGACAACAACAACGAAGAAGACCAACACCAUGAUCUUUGGCUUUGUGCUCGUCAUGACAACCUUCACGCUUCUCUUGGGUAGCUGCUCAGCGACGAUCUACAAAGUCGGAGACUCCGAUGGAUGGACGGCCAAGGACGACGUGUACAACAGUUGGGCCGAGCGUAAGGAGUUUCACGUCGGUGACUCACUCGUCUUCGAAUACGAUCGCAACGUCAACGACGUCACUCAAGUCUCUGGCGCUUUAGAGUACCAAUUCUGCGACUCUUUUUCUCCCAAAGCGGUCUACAACACAGGGCAUGAUGUCGUAACCUUCACGGAACCAGGAUUUUACUACUUCAUCAGCUCAAAUCUUGUUCAAUGCCAAUUAGGGCAGAGACUCGACAUUCUUGUCGUCCAUGACGCAUCACGUCCGAUUCCUCCUCCACCACCGAGCAUGUUCUAUCCUUUCGCAAGGACAUACAAGGUCGGUGGCUCUAAAGGAUGGAGGGUUUACGACAAUGACUUCUAUCACAAGUGGAGCGAGGAGAAACAGUUUUAUGUUGGAGACAGACUUCUUUUCAAGUACAACAACGAAGCCAAUGACGUCUUAGAGAUCAGUGGUCAUCUUGAGUUCAAAUCCUGCGACCCGACUUCUCCUGUAGCCGUGCACAAGACGGGAUACGAUUUUUUCAGGCUCACCAAACCAGGAGUCCAUUACUUCAUUAGCUCGAAGACGGGUCAUUGUGCGGCUGGGCUCAAACUUCGAGUCGUGGUGCAACAACCUCUCACCAUUGUUCCCAAGGAGAUGGAGUUGUCUUCUAGCCUAUGA